GACAAAGAAUUUGAUAUUAACAUUAGAAUACAGAAAUCAGUUGUUCAACAAUUAUGCAUGAAAGAUAAAAAUGAAAGAGAAUCUGAGUCUUCAUCAGACAUGUCAAAGACACAAAACAUAUAUCCAAAAAAUGUAGACAUAGAAGACAUUAUUUAUGAAAGGGUUGACGACAAAGAUGCUAUUAAUGUUAGGACUAAAAGUAGCACAAUGGAAACAGAUAGUACCGGUCGAGUUUUGGCAGUGGAGUCAGACCAACCCAAUAUUUUCGAUACCAAUCCACAAACCUCAGAUGAAACUGCAUCUAAAGAACUUUCAGCCAUUUUCAAGUCUGCUGUUGUUUUAAAGGAUGAUGAAGAUUACACAUUAACAUUAUGGGAUUUUGCAGGUGAUGAAGAAUUUUAUGCAACACAUCAAACUUUUCUUAAUCCAGAUGCUGUCUACCUUGUUGUUGCAAACUUGAAUGACAAAGACCAAGAUAAACAUGUGACUUUCAAAUUUUGGAUGGAGACAAUCCACUGCUAUGGAUGCAGAGCAGACACACAAGAAGUUGGUCCUAAUACACAAGAUACUCCGCUAAACCCACCAGUGAUUUUUGUUGGCACACACACAGAUGAAUUACAGAAUCAAAACGAAUGUUCAACGCAAAUAACAUCUCACAUGGACAAACUUUGCAAAGAUACAAGGCUACAUUUGAGAACAUGUCAUCAGAUUUCCAACAAAAAUGAUGGUAAUGAUAAAUUUCAGAAAAUAAGAGAAGAUAUAUUUGCCUUAGCAACCAACAGCAAAACAGCAGAGAAGGAAUAUCCUGUAAAAUUUAUUCAACUAGAGAGAGUUUUACAUGCUGAAUAUACAUCAGAAAAACAUGUACGGAUCCUUUCUUUCAAUAGAGUCAAAGAAUUAGCUUCUAAAAUAUCUAUUCCAAUUACAGAGGAAGAUGAACUCAAUCUUUUUCUAAGAUAUCAAAAUGAAAUUGGUAACUUGUUGUAUUUUAAUGAUAUCCCAGAGUACAUCAUACUGGACCCACAAUGGCUGGCAGACGCUUUCAGAUGCAUAGUAACUGCCACAAAGUUUCAGGAAAAAUUACCCUGUUUCAUCGAGUGGAAAGAAGUAAAAGAAACUGGAAAGAUAAAAUCGAAUUUGAUGCAAGCAAUAUUUAAUUUACAGCAAGCUUCUAUUAAGGAUCAUCAAAGCCAUUUAAUUGCUGUAAUGGAAAAGUUUGACAUUAUAAUAAAUCCUGUGGUUCAGACGAACAGAGAUCCUACAGACAAAGAUGUUUUUUUCUACAUUCCAUGUAUGAUGCAAGUGAAUAAGAUUGAAGAAGUGGACAAAUUGUUUGAGGUAGAAGAUGAAUAUAAAUCUAUGUGCUUAUGCUUUAUCUUCAACUUUCUGCCACCUUAUCUUAUUAGCCACCUCAUUGUCUCAUGUCUACGAAAAUAUACAGUAGCAUUUGCUCAACAGCAGGAGGGACUCUUUAAAGAUUGUUGUGUAUUUGAUGUAUCUGAAUGUGGCUGUACAAAAUUACUCCUAGUUAAGUGCGGUAGUAUGAUAGAGCUUCAAAUUUGGCAAUGGGAUAAAGAAAUACCCUGUCAGUAUGAAGAAAUUUUCUGCUUUAUUAAAGGCGAAAUAGAUAGAAUCAUCAACACUAGAAAUAGAAUGACAACUGUGUCUUUUGAAAUUAAAUGGAAAUGCAGUUUAACUAGUUAUACUUGCGAGUAUGGCUUCAAAGAUUUUGGCAAAGUGGAAGAUGGAAAAGAAUUUCAUUGUGGUGAACACAAAAGAAAGCAUAAAUAUAAAGACGACUGGUUUGGUGAGACAUCUAAGCCAAGAGCAUCACUAUCACACAAUCAGCCACACUCAGGAUUAGAAUUGACAACAUCUGAACAGCAAGAGAGUACAACCAUACCAGAAAUUAACACUGGUACACAAGUAAAGACAAGAACACCAAAUUGCUGCAUGCCAAUAUCUUCCCCUUUGACACAACCAGAGGAACAUUUUCCUCCACCACCUUCUUCAAAUUACCCUCCUGGAUAUUCAGGAUGUAGCCUCACUGUCUUAGCAAAUUAUGGCAACAGACUUCCAGAUAUUUCAAGUAUAGUUGGUCGACCUUCAUCAUACAGACAGAUACCAAUUAAUGCCUUACAACAGCCAAAUGAAAAUCCUUGGAACAAGUUGUUCCUUAGAGUGUCAAAGGAAGUAAUCCCUCAUUGGAAAAAUGUUGGCCGUUAUUUAGAAAUUGGGGAAAACAAUAUCAACAUUAUUGAUGAAAACCACCAUGAUGUGCAAGAAAAGGCUUAUUCAAUGUUAUUAACAUGGCAAGAAUGUAAAGGUCAUGACGCCACUAAGGAGGUUCUGAUAAAAGCUUUACAUGAUUGUGAACUACAGAGGGUGGCAGAGAUAGUUCAGAAGUAUUGUGAGACAGAAGAUGGUACAGAUCCGGAAACAAAAAAAAUAAUAUUGAAUGAGUGAGAACAGUAAAGCUAAUAUAUGCAAACUUGAAAGUUAUUUAUUUAUUAGACACAGUUUUAGUAUAAUUAUACAAAUUCCUUUGGUCUGCUGAAGUAUCACAUGAUAUCACUUAUAAAUGCAACUUAAUAUCAUUUCAAAGGUGACUAUGUUGAAUAUUUGCAAAUUAAUUGACAUAAAUAACGGCAGGUCAUGCAACGAACUGUUAGUUCUAGGAACAUAGUGAGCAUGUGAUUCAUCAGUAGAAUAACAACAUGUAUGGAAUAACUACGGUAGUUCUAUUUACUAAAUUUUUACUUUAUCGAGAAAGUGUAAUAUUAUAUACAUAAUGUACUAUCAACGACAAAAACCUUUUUAUUUUGUUCAUGACGUCAUUGUCUAAUCAACAUCAGGAGUGUCUUUUAUAGAUGAAACCUGCGUCUGGCGUUCUAAAUAUUGUUCUUGGCAUCUAUGAUGAGUUAUUACUAUUUACUACAUCUUUUUAGUUGUCAUUUUUGUUAGAUUAAUUUGUAUGUUUGUUUAAAUUUCUUAGUCAA